AUGGCUCCAUCUGCCGUCCAAGAGCCAGACCCUAUCCAAACCGUCCCAGUAAAGCCCUGGGCACGUCCCGCUGCCACCAAGGAGAAUCUCGAAUGGGCGCCUCUCCCUGAGAUCGACCUAUCCAAAUUCGACCAGCCAGGCGGCAAAGAAUCUCUAGCCAGAGACCUGUACGAUGCGUUAACGCGAGUCGGCUUCUGGGUCGUCGUCGGACACGGUAUAGACGACGAGCGCGUGCUGCGGCAGUUCAGCUUCGGCAAUGCAUUCUUCAAGCAGCCCCUCGAGGAGAAACGGACGUUCCCCUGCAACUUCGCGGAGGGAGAGUACUUCGGAUACCGCGAGAAUGAGCGGUGGAUUGGCGAUACAGGAGUUAAGGAUAAUGUCGAGAUGCUCAACAUCCCCAAAGACAUUCCCGACUGGGCGGAUCUCCCCCGCCACAAAAUCGUAGAAGAAAACUACACCGAGAUCGCCAGUUUCCACCGCGAACUCUUCGACAAGGUCGCGCGCAAGCUGUUCGUGCUCAUGUCCAUAAUCCUGGAGCUGCCGGAGACGUUCCUGGCAGACGCCCACGACUAUGACAAGCGCUCCGACGACCACCUGCGGUAUAUGAUCUACAACGUGCGCACGCAGGACGAGUGGGACCGCGCACAGGGAUACACCAAGGGCGGACACACGGAUUUCGGGAGCUUGACGCUGCUCUUUUCGCAGCAGGUUGCCGGGCUGCAGAUCCGCACGCCGGAGGCGGAGUGGAAGUGGGUGAAGCCUGUUGAGGGGGGGAUUACUUGUAAUGCGGCGGAUACGUUGACUUUCCUUACAAAGGGGUUCAUCAAAUCGACCAUCCACCGCGUGGUGACGCCGCCCAAGGACCAGAUUGACAUUGCCCGUCUGGGUCUGCUGUACUUUGUCCGACCCGGUGAUAGCACGAUUAUGAAGCCCGUGCCGUCGCCGCUGUUGGAUAGGCUUGGUCUGCUCACCGAGGAAGAUAAGGAUCCCAACAUCCCUGCUCCGACGGGAACAGAGUACGUGCGUGCGCGGGUGAAGGACGUCCACCAUAAGAAGGUGAUUGACCGACGGGAGAACACGCAGUUCGAGUUCAAGGGGCUGAAGGUUGACAAUUACUACGCUUGA